CUUCCACCGGUGGCGGAAGAACAUAGAUCGAUGUUGACUUUACCGACUAGUUUUGAUGCACUUAAAAAAUUAAAUCAACUUUUACAAAUUUAUAAAACUAAAAACUAUUAUAGAUUACUUUCAUCAUUUAUCUUGAUUUAUCUAUUCUUACAAGCUUUUUCAUUACCCGGUUCGAUGUAUUUAUCAAUCUUAGCAGGUGCGAUGUAUGGGGUGAAGUUAGGAUUACCCCUAGUUUCAUUCUGUGUAGGAACAGGAGCUUUGUUAUGUUAUAAACUGUCAUCAAACUUAGGAAGUACAAUCUUUUUAUAUUCACCAUCACUUAGGAAUCGAUUAGAAGUAUGGAAGAUGAAGAUUGAAACGAAAACCAAUCGAUUGGAUUUGUUUUCAUACUUGAUCGUCAUUCGAAUCUCUCCUUUACCACCUCAUUGGGUCGUAAACCUUUUGGCUCCACAUGUUGGGAUUGAGUUAGGAAUCUUUUGGUUAUCAACUUGUAUUGGGAUCAUGCCUGUGACAUUGAUUCAUACUCAAUUAGGUACUACUUUAGAUCAAAUG